UGGAAAGAGACAGGGUUGGAUGGGCGGGACGCCUCCUUUGAUAGACCGCGCCGCACCCCAAUGGCAGCACAGAUUGUGCCGAGGCGUUUCUCCAGAAAUAGAGGGCGGAGGGAGGGGCCAGCAAUCGCGGGUACUGCCAGGACGCGGGUUAGGCCGCUCGUUGCAAUGGGAGGGAUUAACUACGUGAGACGGAAUAGGGCGGUGUUGGAGGAGGUGGACGACGCGGAGUCCUCUUGGGAGGAGCUGCCGACGCCGCCGCUGUCGCCGCCCGCCGGCACCGGCUCGAGCCCUGGCAGCACCGCUGGGAGUUCGCGGGGGCCAGCCAUGCUGGGCGCAGGAGGCGGCGCAGGGGCUAAGCCCUGCAAGCCCUCCUUCGUCUCCUACAUCAGCCCUGAGGAGGUAUAUGUAAGGGAACCCAUUGAAAAGGAAGUAGAGCCACACUUGUUGCCAGGUGAACUGCUGCUUUGUGAGGCAAACAUGGUUUUGAAAUACACACAAGAUGAUGGAUCAAAUCGUGGCACUUAUGGGAAACUUAUAUGCACAAACUUCAAGAUUUCAUUCCUUGGUGAAGAAUCUGCUUUGGAGGAUGAUGAACCACAAUUUAAGAAUAAAAUCAUUGGGGAAAAUGACAUCACUCUUCAGUGUGUGGACCAGCUUUGUGGAGUUUAUGAUGAGAAGAAGAAAUCCCUAUAUGGUCAACUGAGAAAAUACCCAGAGACAAUAAUAAUCUACUGCAAAGAUCUCAGAGUGUUCCAUUUCUGUUUUCGAUAUACCAAGGAGGAAGAAGUGAAACGGAUCGUCAGUGGCAUAGUUCAUCAAACACAGACUCCUAAGCUAUUUAAGCGAUUGUUUCUGUUCUCUUAUGCAGCAGCUGCACCAAAUCAUGCAGAAAUAAAGAAUCAAACUGUAAAGUUUGAUUCUAUUAAGGAUUGGCGUCAAGAGUUGGAACGGACCAAAGGAAAUCUGAAAUUCAAAGCAGUGAGUUCCAAUGAAGACUACAAGGUUUCUAAAAAGUUGCCAGCAUAUUUUGUUGUUCCCAUGUCUGUCUCUGAAGAGAACAUUUUGCAGUAUCAAGGAAGAGGAAUUCCAAUUUGGUGUUGGUCUUGCCACAGUGGUGCUGCUCUUCUCAAGAUGUCUAAUUUACCCAAAGAACAAGAUGACAACACUUUACAAAUGCAGAAAAUCUUCUUAGAGGGAAUGUAUAAGACAAUUGAUAAGCCUCCUUAUGAAGCCAUGAAAGUUGAUGACCUUUCAAGCAGUUUCCCAUCUCUGCAAGAGAUCCAAGUUGCAUACAGCAGAUUUAAACAGCUGUUCCUAAUAGAUAACAGUGCAGACUUCUGGGAUACUGAUGUAAAAUGGUUUUCAUUAUUGGAGAGUACAAAUUGGCUAGAAAUCAUAAGGAGAUGUCUGAGAAAAGCAGUAGAGAUUAUUGAGCUGCUAGAAGCACAGAAUACCAAUGUUCUCCUUAUAGAAGAGAAUGCUUCUGACCUGUGUGGUGUAAUUUCCUGUCUGGUUCAAGUUAUGAUGGAUUCACACUGCAGAACAAAGCUGGGAUUUCAGAGCCUUAUUCAGAAAGAAUGGGUCAUGGGAGGACAUGCUUUCUUGGAUCGGUGUAACCAUCUGUGGCAAACCGAUAAAGAGGAGGCACCAGUUUUCUUGUUGUUCUUGGAUUGUGUUUGGCAGUUGGUUCAGCAGUAUCCACCAGCGUUCGAGUUUUCAGAGACUUAUCUAACUGUCUUGUCAGAUAGCCUGUACAUACCCAUAUUUAGCACCUUCUUCUUCAAUUCUCCACAUCAGAGAGACACUACCACGUAUGGAGGAAGCCUUGAUACACAAGGCAGCAAACUUCGUUUUCUUUCAGUUUGGGAUUGGUCUGUGCAGUUUGAACCUGAGGCAGAAGCUUUGCUUAAUAAUCCACUUUAUGCAGAGAAGCCAAAACUAGAUAAAAGUCAGAGGAAAACUACAAGAUUCAAGCAUCAGCGACAGCUUUCUUUGCCGCUGACACAAACAAAACCUUCCCCCAAAAGAGGGUUUUUUAAGGAAGAAACAGACCAGUUAAUUAAAAAUCUUCUUGGCAAAAGGAUCAGCAGGCUGAUAACUUCUUCUGAUGAACUUCAGAAUAACUCCAGAGAGUUCUAUGAGAGUUGGCACUGUAAACCUAUUGACCUCCAUGGAAUCCUGCUGCCACGCCUAGAAGGGCCAGAAAUCAAAGUGUGGGCACAGAGGUAUUUGCGAUGGAUCCCUGAAGCUCAGCUCCCUUGUGGUGGAACAGUUGCCACUGCAACAAAAAUCUUAGAUGUGAUGGAGGAUGUGCAGGGCUUGCAGAAGAAAAUGGAUGAAAAGCACAGCCAGAUUCUCUCAGAUAAUGCAGAAGAUGGAGAAUCAUCUCCCUUCCAGAGAAAUCCUGCCCGCCUCUCUUCCUUAUUUCCGUUUGCUUUGCUUCAAAGACAUUCCCUCAAACCAGUUUUACCUACCAGCACUUGGAAAGACUUGGAAGGUGAGGAGGACUUGGCUAGGAGAGAUGAUGAGUAUGUUUAUUUAGGUGAUGUUUGAUGUGAAGCUUAUUAUCAAGAGCAGAAAUGAAAGUACUGGCAUACUUCUGUCUGAAUCUCUGUGUGUAAGAUUGUUUUCCUAGUGGUGGGCUUUACCUUCUGACUGGUGAAGCUUUUGCUAUAGGAAAAUUUCCUCACUUGAGCACCCCAUUAUAUCUCUUAGAUGAGUUUUGAUCAACCAUUUUAAUCCAUUCUUACCUUAAGCAUGAGUAGGGGCUGUGUUGUAUAGGGCCCAGUUGAAAAAUAAAGUAAAACAAUCAAUGAAAGACUUAAGGUCCUGGGGCACUCUUAAAAUUGUAAAAACCUGCUUGCUGGAACAUAAAGGGAUCACAUUCUCAGAAAUAUCCACCAGACUUUAAAAUGCCCCAUGUUCAAUGUAGGCUAUCUAGGUGCAUCUUAAAAUGCAUAGAAAGAGUUGUGCUGUCUGGUAGAACGCUCCCUUGGUGUUUCUAAGAACCAGAUGCCUUUUUUUUUUUAAAAAAGUGGAACUUGCCAGGUUUGUGUCCAUCCUUUUUAAACUCAUGCUAGAGAAUACUAGGUAUUUCUCCCAUGUAUCCUACUUGUUUGGAUCAUCCAUGAUCUGCAGAAUUAUAGUUCAUAGUUGUACCUGUCUUGGUGUUUAGUAACUUAAGGUCACAAUCUCUUGUGCCAAUCUCUUUGUUUCUAUCUUGUGUAUUAUCCUGCUGCCUUUGUGGGAAGUCCUGAACAUAUAAUACCAAGUACAGGAUGGGGUAGAACUUAAAUAUGUCAAUUAGCCAAACUAUUUCUUCCAAAUUGCAUAGGGUGCUCAUGCUGAUCUUCCUCACUAAUGCCAGUAACCUGCACUGAAUCUCAAGUCCUUAUUUUAGGAAGGGCAACUAAAGAAGUAUAUUCAGCUAUGAAACUGGAUUUGUCAUCCAGUACUACUACUUUUAUAAACAUGGCAUUGAAGCUGGCUAUGAAUGUAAAAAGUUUAUGCAUUGGGAUUGGGUUGCUGGAUGUUGUCUUAACAGUACCUCAGUUAUCAAAGCCAUAUGGAAACUGCUUAUUCUUGUUUGCCUAUACUAAGCAGAUAAUUCAACUCUGCAAUUAGAGGCUUUGAGAAGUCAAGAGGAUAAAGUCUUAAUGUACAUAAAUCCAGAAGUAGCCCACAAGAUAAAAUUGACUCUUACUAAGCCUAAGGGCUGGAGCUUAAUUGAUAUGACCGGGUGUGAUUAUUGUACUACACCCUGUGAUUCUAGAUGCAAUUUUUAAACAUUGCCUUGGAUUAUAUCCCAGUGCUGUAUCUGCUUGUUCUUUAAAUUGUAUUGGGAGCUAAAAUUAGCCUCUCAGUAAAAAGUGUUUCUAAAGGAAUAGAUAAUGAGUUGGUGUAGAUCAGGGUAGCUAACCUGUGGCUCUCUAAAAGUUAUUGGAUUCCAAAUCUCACCAAGCUCAGCCAACAUGGCCAAUGGCCAGGGAUUAUGGGAGUUCUGGUCAACAUCUGGAUGGUCAUAGAUUAGCUACCCCAGCAUAGAGGAAUGCCAAGUGGAAACCUCCAGAGUCUGUUGCCUUACAAAUUUUGCUACUAUGAUCUCCUUGAGCUUUCGAUAUUCUUGAAACACAGUAAGUCUAUUUGUGUAUGAGCCUUCUUGAAAGCUAGCAUUGCACAUUUUUUUUCUUCAGAUGUCUUCAGCAUUUAUAUAGUAGUUCCUCUGCGGUUAAUACAGGCUGUACAUUUUAUAGCUACUUGAAUUAUGAUUUUGAAUUCACUUUGGGGGACAAAACACUAACGUUGGAAAGGUUUAAUUUUUAAAAAAACGUUACUUCCUUUGACAGCUAAGUAGUUGUAAUAUAUUGGUCAUGGAAAUGUAUUUAUAUUUAAGCUGUCAGGUAUUGUUUAUAUAGGAAACUCGUAUGGAUAUGGAGGAAUUUUUAUAAUAGCUAAUGAAACUGCUCCACUCUAACAGGAAUGGUUUUUAUAUGAUCAGAAUGUACCACUGUGGAUGGAAACAUUUAAUUACCUAUGCUGAUUAUUUCCUGGUAUUCUGUUUUAUACCUCCCAGUUUUACACUGAAUACAAGCUUAGCUUUAACAGUACUUAAGGAAAAAUCUUCCUGCUAACUUUCAUAGACUAUUUGGACAAUUGUAUUUGUUAAUAAAGUUCACUUUUACUAUUUUUAUCUUGAAAAA